AUGGAAACGGACAAGAUGUCAACUGCAUCAUCUGUGGGCGCUGAAAGACGUCCGCUACUCCAAGCCCUGGUGAUUGAGAGGCGAAUUCUCUUCGCGUGCACGAUACUAGUGGGGCUGUCCACGUUUGUAUGGAUAUCCGCUGUGUGCACUGAGAAAUGGGUGCAUAUUUACAGUCCAAAUGGUAUACACUUACCGACGAGAGGUGAAUAUUUCAUGUGGAGUGACUCAGGGGUGUGGCAGAUAUGUAGAUACGUGUUUCGUCCGAAACUUAUUCCCGAGAGAGUGAAUAUUACGACUACGCCGAGGCCCGUAGACAUUACGGGAAUGACGGGGGAAUUUUAUACAAAUUGCACGAACUACUUAGCGCAGCCCACUAUGAAGAAUGGAAAACCAGCGGACCCUGCCUACGAUAUAGACGUAGCGAACUACGUGCGAACGAUGAUAUCAUUUGGUAUCAUAAGUUUGUUCGUGAUGGCUAUGGGCUGUGGCUUUUCAAUCUACACUUUCCGUAAUCCGCGGUACAUGUUCAAACGACUGGCGGCGGGGAUACAUUUUAUAAGUACCUCUUGCACCUUUGUCGUCGUACAAGUCACUAUGUCUUCUUUGGACCACAUGAAGAAGAAUGUUAAAUAUAUUUAUCCCGAACGUGCCUCGCAUUACUUCCAUAUAAGUUACUUCCUAGCCUGGUUCGUGGUCUUGGUGAAUUUCUUCGCAGCUGCAUCCUUCCUCUGGUACUCGAGGAAGAGAAAAGGCGACAAAGCCGCCACCGACGAGCUGGCCAUGGCCGACGAGCCGACGAUCAUAGGCCGAUGA